GAUCCAUCUUCUACCUUCAACUAUGUUGAUUCUUCUGCGUACUCGACGGAGGAUUUGACUGCUGGUUCUUGUCAUGUAAACUGCACCUCCCCCGACCACCAUAUAUCUACCGGCUUCGCUCGUUUUCACGUAUCGUCUGUGGUCACCACCACCUUGCGAGUACUGCUGGAGAGGCAGUCGGUGGCCUUCGCUUAAAGAGGAGGCGGAGAGGAGAUGGUAGAGAACAAAGAGACGCGGGGAGAUGGAGUCGGUGGGAGUGGAAGGGGUUGCGAACGAGGUGAGGACAGCUUACGAGAGCGGGAAGACGAGAAGCCUUGCAUGGAGGCGGUCGCAGCUCAAGGCUCUGCAGAGGCUCCUCUACGAGGAGGAGGAGGGCAUGUUUACGGCGCUCAAGCAAGACCUCGGCAAGCACCAAGCCGAAGCUUACAGAGAUGAGGUGGGGAUUCUGAUCAAGUCCGUCAACUAUGCGUUGGAAAAUCUGAAGAAAUGGAUGACUCCCUGCCGGGUCCCUGUACCGCUCCUGGCAUUUCCGACGCGCGGAGAGCUGGUGCCCGAACCCCUCGGCGUCGUUCUCAUCUUCUCUUCUUGGAAUUUCCCUAUAGGUCUGUCCUUGGAACCCUUGAUCGGAGCUAUAGCUGCUGGAAACGCGAUCGUUCUCAAGCCGUCGGAAUUAGCUCCUGCAUCAUCCAAUUUUCUAGCAAAAAGCGUGCCCAAGUAUUUGGACAGUAUGUCGGUGAAGGUCGUCCGAGGUGGCCCAGAUGUUGGUCAGAAGCUCUUGGAACAGAAGUGGGACAAGAUCUUCUUCACAGGGAGCUCGCGCGUUGCCCGCAUCGUCAUGGCGGCUGCUGCAAAGCAUUUAACACCGGUUGCUGUUGAGUUAGGUGGUAAAUCUCCGGCCAUCUUUGAUUCCCUUAGUAGCGCCCGAGACAGAAAGGUGGCUGUGGAACGAAUAGUAGGAGCGAAAUGGGUUCCUUGCUCCGGGCAAGUCUGCAUAGGGGUCGACUAUGUUCUUGUGGAAGAGCAAUUUGCACCGAUUUUGAUUGAUCAGCUAAAAGCCACACUCGAGAAGUUCUACCCAAGAUUUGAUUGCUUAUCCAGGAUCAUCAACGAGCAACACUUCCAACGUCUAAGCAAUCUUAUCAAGGAUCCGUCGGUCGCCGCCACCAUCAUCCACGGCGGCUCCCUCGACUCCGAGACACUGUUCAUCGAGCCGACGAUACUGCUCGACCCCCCGCUGGAUGCCGAGAUCAUGAACGAAGAAAUAUUUGGCCCGCUGCUUCCCAUCAUCACCCUGAAGAAGAUCGAGGACAGCAUCGAGUUCAUAAGGGCCAGGCCAAAACCCCUCGUCAUCUACGCAUUUACCAAGGACGAGAAGCUCAGGAGCCGGAUCACAGCUGAAACAUCUUCCGGAAGCCUUACUUUCAAUGACACCAUGAUCCAGGUACUUUCUCUCUGUAACCUAAUCUUCAUCACUCCAUGGCAUCGCUCGCGAUCCUUUCACUGUCUCCUUGUAGUUCGCUUGCGACGAAUUGCCAUUUGGAGGAGUGGGUGGGAGUGGGUUCGGACAGUACCACGGCAAGUUCUCCUUCGACAUGUUCAGUCACACGAAAGCCGUGCUGAGGAGGAGCUUCCUGCUGGAGUUCACGUUCCGGUACCCGCCAUGGGAUGCAUGGAAGCUGCCCUUCAUGCGAUCCGUUUACCACUUCGAUUACGUCACUCUGCUCCUUCGCCUGCUGGGCUUGAAACGAGGCUGAUCUCCACACGCAGCCCACUGCUGCUUGCUGCCAUGAUCACUGCUGCUAUUAUUUGUCGAAAUAAUAGACUUUAUUUACCUUUUGACAUUAUCAAUCGAUAGGAUAAUACAAUAAUAUAAAGAUACAAAAAUAAAAAUAUAACUUUUAAUUA